GAAAACCAUUCAAACUUGAUUACACUGUACUUUACUUCAAGGGAAAGGAUAAGGUAUUUUUCGAAAUGGCUCAAAGGAACGAAAAAAUAACUGGUAAUGGCAGUGCUUCACUUAUUCAAGACUCUGAUGAAAUUGAAGAAAUGUACUGUGAAGAAUGUGAUAGACACACUGGAGAAUAUGCUACAGCUGUGGCUUUCUGUGUGGAUUGCGUGGAAUAUAAAUGUAAGACCUGCAAAGUAUAUCAUAGGAGACAUUUCAAAGCUCACAAAAUUCAAGAUAGUGACAGUAUGCCACAGGAUUUCUAUUUAGAAAAGUGUUCCGAUCAUUCUGAACAGCUGAUCAAGUUUUACUGCUCUGAGUGUAGCAAAGAGGCAUGUUCAGAAUGCAAGGAUAAUGAGCAUGUUCAAUGUGGUGAUGUAAACCAUUUACCAGCCCUUGCUUCUGGCAUACAAAAAAGUGACGAAUUGAAAAAUCUUCAACAGAUGUUGGAUAAAUUGUCUGCUGACAUAAAAGACACAGAAAAGCUGUUGGAUGCCAAAAGUGAAGUUGUUGAUAAACAAGAAGAAAAGGCAAUUGAAGCAUGUAAGGUGCAUACAAACAAACUGAUAGAAGCCUACACACAACAACAUCAAGAUCUUAUUGAUGACUUUGAUGAAAAGAUGGAAGAGACCAUUGCAAGGUUGAAGAAAGAAAGGCUAGAACUAGUUCAAGUUUUGUCUAAAAAGGAGAGAAUGUUUAAAAACAAGAUAACAAACGCUGAAACAGAUGUGAAAGAUCAGAUUGUUAGCACAAACACAGAAUUUAAGGAACUCAGGUCAGAACAUUUGACUUUGGUUGAAAAUUUGAAGGCUCUUACUAUUGAUCUUGAACAGGCCCAGAAAUUAGGUAAAAACUGUGAACUUUUUAUUAAAUUGAAGUUCACAAAACAACUUUGUGAAAAACUUCAUCGAAACAUUGAACAAAUUCAACAAGCCUACAUCCAGCGCUACAAACUCAAAACCUCUGGCAUUCAACCAACUCUAGAGAGUGGAACAAGAUUUUUCAUGUUUGAAAAAGUAUCAGCUGUAAAAAGAAGAGUUGUCUUUAAUUUUGAUAUCAACUCUCACAUUGACCUAAUAUCUUCUUUGCUUGUCUUAUCUGAACAUACACUUCUAAUAUUAGACUGGAAAAAAUGUAGCCUUGUCAUAUACAUACUAGAAAUGUCACAGGCAAAUUGCAUUGAUGACAUCAAAUUUGAAACAAGUCCAUUUGAUAUUACAAAAGUUUCAGAUUAUAUAGUUGCUGUAACAUUCCCAAAUGAAAGAAUGAUCAAACUGAUAACAUUUUCAGGGAAUAUGAAAGUUUUGUAUAUCACUAAGAUACCAGGAAAUGGUACUUGUACUGGUAUUGCCUAUAGGAAUCCCUAUAUUGUAGUUUCAUAUUGGGAUCCAGCUAGUGUUAAGAUUCUAAGUAUGUCAGGUACGAUAGUAAAAACAUUUGACAAAGAUGAUAAUGGUCAGAAUUUGGUUAUUAAACCUUGGGGCUUGAUUGUCAGCCCUGACAAUACAAUGAUAUAUGUUUCUGAUCUCGACAAACAAACUGUGACUUGUUUAACCCAUGAUGGUAAAGUGAAGGCUGUCUACAAGGAUGAUCAUUUGAAUUUACCUUAUCAACUUGCUGUUGAUGAAUAUGGCUCAGUAUAUGUGUGUGGAGCUGUAUCCGAUAAUAUCCAUAUAUUAUCAAGUGACCUCACUAAAGUAAAGAUCUUGAUAGAUACAAAUGAUGGAUUAGAUAAGCCAGAGAGUGUUGCAUACUGCCCAAUCACCAAGAGAUUGUUUGUGGUAAUGCAAAAUAAAAUUAAAGUUUUCAAAGUGUUAGAAGAAUAGGCAAUAUCAACUCUUACACAGAGACUCGUGAUCAAUUAUAAGCAAUACUGUAUGUGUAUUUGAAUUUGCGGAAGCAUAAUUUCACGGAAAGGUCCGUCUGGGGGUCUAUACAAAUAUUUGCUCUAUUUCGAAUUCGCGGAGGUGACUGCCAAAAAUCAUAAAUUCGCGUAAACGCCUCAGGUGAAAAAUAGCAACUUAGCCAUAUGACAUUGAAUUUUGGAGCAUCAUAUUCAGCAGGAGUAACAUGUCAAUGUUAGGUAUAAUUUUUUGCAAACAAUUCACUGUAUAAACUGAAAAUACUUAUAUGAUGGAAAAUAAUGUU